AUGGAAUAUUUGGAAAAAAAUGAGCUCACUUGGGAAGAAAGAAUAAAUUUAGCGUCACAAUUAAUAAAUGGGUUGGAAUUUCUUCAUAACCAACAAAUAGUUCAUCCGAUCCUAACCGUAUUUAAAUCAAAUGAUUUUGAAAAUAUUCCAUACAUCGAGCCUCGGGCACUGACAUUAGAGAAAGUAUUUGCCAAAAAUUCUUAUGGCAAAGAUAACUCAUCAAAUAUAUAUGGUGCCAAAUCCAACAUUUAUAGUUUGGGAGUUUUGCUCUGGCAAAUUUCUAGCAGUCUCAAACCUUAUGAAAGCUUAACACCAAUGAGAAUGUUUGAGCAUAUUAUUAAUGGUAAAAGAGAAGAACCAAUUGUUGGGACACCCGUUAAAUAUUACGAAUUAUAUCAGGAUUGUUGGCAGGAUAAUCCAGAUUGUUUAAUAGCCCUUAAGAAGCUUGAACAUGUCGAUGUAAAAGAAAUCAUAUCAAUUUAUGAAGACACUAUUGAACUAGAUAUUAAUUCUUAUUUCAAACCCAGCAAAUCUCAUACUGCACCUAGCUUGUAUGGCGGAAGUACUGUUAUUGAAACAUUGAUUGAAGAUGAUUCAAAUGACAUACAGGCGAUUUCUCAGGAUUCUCAGGAUCCUAACAAUAAGUUCCAAUGGAAUUUACUUAAAGGAUUGAGAGUUCACGGCAAUACUUUUGUCCAUGGUGAAGAAAUUCUCACGGGUGAUGGAACAAUCACUUUUCAUAAAAUCACACAACCUGCUCUAUUUUAUACGAACAAAUCUUACAAUCCGUUCGAACGAUUAAACAAUGAAUGUGUUUCUACCUCAAAAUUAGAAGAAAUUGACAUGUGUUUACAUAUUCCGCUCCUUAAUAUUAAAUAUGGUAAUUUUAAAGCGGUUGACGGAUUUCUUAAAGCUAUUGAAGAGGUACUAAAAAACCCAGAUCAGAAAUCUGUUCAAAAAGUUUUUGAGAAAUAUGGUGAUUACAUAGCGGAAGACGUUGACAUUGGUGGGGCACUUAGGAUCAAAUCAACAUGGCCUAAAGACAGGAAAUUGAUUAUAUACGAUUUGGACAUUUUAAAAGCUAACUUGUAUUGGAUUAAUGAUCAUAUUUUUUCAGGGAAUUCUAAUGUAUUUGGUCAAGUUCCAUUCAAUAAUAUUUUUACAAUAGAAGAUAUGGAUGGUCAAAAAAUUACUUCUGGGCAUGAAUUAAAGGCUUGGAUGGAAGAAGUUUAUGAACAUAAAAGAGAACAUGUAAUUGCAUUUAAGAAAAUUGUUCCGACAUAUACAUUACUCGAAAAUAAACUCAAGCAAAAGAUAUUUAAAGUUUGUGGAAAGCUUCACGAAGUCAAUAUUGAACCUAAGAUUGUUCCGCAUAUCGCUAAUAGUCUUAUUCCUGAAAGUUUAAAUGAUUGGAUUAAAUCAGAGAAAGUUGCAUUGGAAUUUCUUGAAAUACCUGAGAUAAGUUUAUUAGAUAAGUCGUAUAUGUAUUUACGGCAACCCUUUAGCAAAAAAGAAGCAUUCACUCUAGCAAACCACAUUAGGAUCGAUGACAUUAAUGCAACAGCAAUUCCAUUUUUAGCAGAAAGUUUAACAAAUCUUCAUCCCAUAUUUUAUAAUCAGCAUAUUUUUAAUGAGAUUCAUUGUUUUAUCGAAUCGGAGAAAAUUAAAUUGACAUUUAACAAAGAUAAAUUAAGACCUUCUAAAAAAUUUUUGGAAGCAGUGGAUGAAGCACUUAAUAGCAACUAUCCAUUUCGUAACUUGAAAUAUGUUUUUGAUAAAUUUGGAUAUUUUUGUCCUCGGAGCAUUAUUCUUGGAAUAACUUUUUCAAAGGUUUAUAAAUCUGAUAAUAAUGACCAACAUGUGAACGAUGAUCGUAUUGAUUUAAACAUGAAUAGAGAUGAAUCCAGAAUUAUAGAAGAUAAACUUAUGGAAUGGAACAAAUCUUUAAAAUACUUGUAUGAAAAACAAAAUUGGAAGACAGUGAUGCAAGAUCUAAUUCCUUUAUACGAAAUAUUGCCAAAAGAUAGACAGAAUGAUAUAAAAAGCAUAGUUUCAGAUAAUUACCACAUUGUCAUGACGGGUUUUACUAAAAUCACGCACAGCAAUCAAACAUCUGUGAAUAUUCAAUUUGAGAAUCCCCUUCAAGAUAACAAAUAUGAAAUUUUUGGUUGCUUGGUUAUUGAUGAAAAAAAUGUAUCAGACGUGUUUAUACGAUUUAAUUUAGCAAAUCAAUAUGGAUGUCGAGCUACCAUUCAUAAACUUGAUAAUAAAAGAAAUUCUCGAGAUAUCAAAAUUGUAUAUGGAAAGAAAAUAUUAAAAGGACAAUUACCAAUUAAUAUUGAAAUUUCAUUGCCUACAUGGCUGACUUCGUGCAUUUUUGUUACAGGAUUUGAUUCAAAAAAUUUUAACAAAACCCAAAUUAUUAAAAGUAAACUUAGGCAUUAUUCAAAAACCGGACUAAACUUAGAUGUGAUAUCUGUACAAUAUAAGUCCGAAGAGACACGAAGCGAAAUGUUGGAUAAUGUCACGAUGAAAUGGUGUGGAAUUGAUACAAAUGGGAAAGAUCAUAUCGCAGUUGAUGUUGGUGUAAAAACUUCAGAAUUUUUUAAAUGGAAGAUUUUAGGAGAUAUAAUAACGAAAACAAUCUAUAUGACAGGGAGAGUUGCGAGCAAUAUAAACUUUGGAAAUAAUCGCAGCGAUAGCAAUACUUUAAAAGACUAUGGCAAAGGAGCAGGCUAUAUGACAGGAAAGUUUAAUGACGCCGUAGCUCCAUAUAUACCAUUAUUCGAUGAUGCAAAGAGAUUAAUUAAUAACAUUAUAGAUCUUCAUGAUGCGGCUCAAUAUAACAAAAAUACAUGUGCCAGGUUAAUGGAACGUGUGAUUGAUGCUAGUGGAGCGAUUGAAAAAUUAAAACGAACAAAAAAAAUUAAUGAAAAAAAAUUUAAUGAUCAAAAUUUUUACAAUACUUUUCAAAGAUUUACGAAUACUUUAAUCAAAAUUAAGGCAUUCGAGGAGGAAUUAUCAAAAAUGGGAAAUUUUAGAAAAACGUUCGAAGCAAGUAUAAUCAAAGAAAAGUUUAUAAGUUUGACAGGAGAGUUCGACGCAAUAAUGAGAGAUUUGAACUUCAGUACUAGUGGCAACGAAACACGGAGAAAAAGAGAUGUUGAAAGUUAUUAUAUAGAAAAAUAA